CUUGCUACCGAUUAAAACAUUUAAAACAUACAAGCUCGAUUAUCAGCAAACAAUAUUCUACCUUCAAUACUAUUUAGUACGACUCGAACCGUUGUCCUGAACGAGCUGAUAAGAAUGAAACCAAUAUUAAGGUUUCCUAUAAUUUGCAUAAUCUUGCAUUGCAUUCAGAGAUCGCAGCAAGAACAAUUCCAUUGUCAACCAAGCUCCAUCGACGACCAAUGGCACCAAGACGAAAGCUGUGUUCAGCUGAAUUCCAGCCAGCACAAUUUCCUCGAACUGGAAAAGGAUUCCUUACAAAACUACACGACACUAGAGCUUAUUAACAGCAGCUUUACCCAGUUUGGAUCUAACCAUUUUCAAUCAAUACCGGCAAACAUCGAAGGGCUGUCAAUUUAUCAAGGAAAUGUCACGGAAGUGUAUUUUCUUUCCGAAUCCCUAUUGACACUAUCCAUAUUAGACACCAGUUUGGUCAGGUUCUUCGCUGCCGAACAAGAGAAUCGAGAGCUGAAAACCUUGGAAAUCAGAUCAAAAGCUAUGAAAGCAUUUCCAUUCAGCAUCGAAUACCUCAGAGGACUCAGGCAUCUGCUAUUACGUAGUUGCAGUUUGACCACGGUCAACAUGAAACAAUUGGAAGGCUUGGGAAGCCUUCUCGUGCUUGAUCUGGCGGAUAAUGCAAUCAUUAAUAUUGACAUACCCUUCAAAAUGACACUCGGGGCAGUGAGGGAGUUUUACGUUGAGGACAAUUUCCUCCGUAAAAUGAACAACUUUCCUAUGGCUCUGCCCAAGCUGAGAACUUUAAGUUUGUUUGGCAACAUGUGGUUCUGCGAUUGGGUGGCUGAAGCACGACAACGAAUCAUGAAAGCAUGGAUUACGGUUUAUGGACGAGACGGUGACUGUGCUAAUCGGGUUUAUAAUGGUGGAUUGUGUUGUGAUAGAAAUCCGGGAAGCGUAGAUUGAAUAAAUCUGUUGGUAU